CAUUGAUGGAGCGCGACGUCUGUAACUUGGUUCAAUACUCAUUAAUAGUGUGUCGAACAUGCCCGACUUGUCGCAGAUAAGAUGCCACUUCAGUAGAAAACGCUAUCAGUUGGUUAAUGGUGGGGCCAGCACUAAGCCAGCACCACGCCAGAACUGUGAGGCAGUGCCAAAAUGUCCGAGCACAAGAUCAUACUGGAAGAGCAGCUGCACGAUCGGCUGGUCUCUAUGGUUGGUUCUGGGGCAAAGAAGCGGGAUGAGCUGCACGUCUUCCUGGGGGGCGCUCGGCCCAGUGUCUAUCGCCUGUCGCGGCGUCAUCAGUUGAUGUUUCUUCUCAUCUGCGCCAGCUUCCUGGUUUUGCUUUACGCCUACUGGGACGUCAUGAUGCUUACUGUAAUAGGCUCGGAAAGUGAUGUGCAGCCAAUAAUAUCCGGCGAACCGCUGGCAUUGAAGCUGGAGAAGGAGGUGCGUGUGCUCUGCUGGGUGCUGACCACGCCCAAGUAUCAUAAAUCUCGGGCGGUGCACAUACAGCGCACUUGGGGCAAGAGAUGCAAUAAAAUCUACUUCAUGACCUCGGAGCCGGAUGAUGAGCUGGAGACAAUUGUGCUGACCAAGCCGGACAAGUACGAGGUUCUCUGGGGCAAGACAAAGGAGGCAUUCACCUACAUCUACGAGAACAAACUGGACGAGGCGGAUUGGUUCAUGAAGGCCGACGAUGAUACAUAUGUAUUUGUGGAGAAUCUGCGCCACAUGCUUUAUCCCUACUCUCCGGACUUGCCCAUUCACUUUGGUUUCAACUACAAACUUUUCAACAGCCGGGCAAAGAAUGCAUCGUACAUGUCGGGGGGCAGCGGCUAUGUGCUCAGCCGUGAGGCACUGCGUUUAUUUGUGCACGGCCUGAAUGACAGCAGCAAGUGCCGGCAGGAGGACGAUCAUGCCGAGGAUGUGGAGGCGGGCACUUGCCUCUUUAACUUGGGCGUGCCCGCGGGCGAUUCGCGCGACUCGAAGCUGCGCAAUCGCUUCUUUCCGAUGGCGCCCUUCUCCCAACUCCUCUCCAAAUACAAUGGCAUGGACUUCUGGCUCUUCAAAUACGCCUAUUACAAUCCGCGAGCGUGCAUGGACUGCCUCUCUGACUAUCCGGUGGCCUUUCAUUAUGUGGCGCCUGAGGAACUCUAUGAGUACGACUACUUGAACUAUCAGUUUGAGCUCUUCGGGCGCACUCCGGAGGUGGAGCAUCUGCCGGAAAAGAUUGCACCCGGCCAGCUCCAUAUACCCAAAUCCGACAAUUAAAAUAUAUUUCUAAAUUGAUUUUAAUUAAAUUAGAGCAAUUCUUGUGCUCAGGGUUGACAGUUAAAAUGUUGUACAUUUUUCUAAUAUUGCCAGUUGAGGUAACAGAUGUACAGUAACUAGAAAUUCGAUAGUGUUAUCGAUAAUUUAGCGGCACGCUUUUGUCUAAGACGGUGUGACCAGCUUUUUGCUAUUGUCUCUAUACAGAUUAACUUCUGAUUCAUAAUAGAUUUGUAACUGAUUAAUGACUAAUCAAUUAAUUUAAAGACUUUAAAGCAAA